AUGAAGAUUAAUAAAAAAAUAUAAAAAAGCAAGUUCCUUAAAAAAAUAAGAAAACAGCUUUCUCUUAAUCUUAAAAAUUGCAUGACUCAACCCCUAAAGCAAUAAACUACUGAAAUUGGCGAAAGUCUAGUUUUAUCAAAAGAAAUUUAAUAAAAAUAUGAAAGCAGACCCGUUAAUAAAGAUAUAUUUAUAUGCGUAAAAGAUAUCGAGGCCGAAUGCUUAGAUAUUCUACCGAAAUGCAUUUUUACAUGUCCUAGAACUGCUCGAUUAUUAUUUUUAGAUAAAAAAUCGCAUUUACAUUAAUAUGAUUUGAUUAAUAAAAAAAAACUUUUCGAUUUAGAUUUAAGUGUUAGAGUUCCACUUUUACCUUCGAAAAUUUUGGAUGCUACUUUUGAUGCUAACAGUGGAAGAUUAUAUACUCUAACUGAUAAAUGGAAUAUGGAAAUUUGGGAAUUAGGAUAAGAUAAUAACAUGCCUUUGGGAAGGAUUGUGCUUUUUACAGAAGCUUUAGAUACUGAAAAUGCAAUUGAAAUGUGUUAUGGAAAUAGAUUUGAAGGACUUUAUCCUUAGUUUAUUGAAAUUGGUUAAAAUUCUCAUUCGGUUAUUAUUGUUAAUGCUACUUGUAUUAAUAAUACUUUGAUUUUUAUUGAUCCGAUUUCUUUAAGUGUUUUUCAGACGCUUUAAGUUUCACCUGAAUAAUUUAAAAUGUCGACUAAACUUGCUGAAGUAAUUAGAUUAAUUGGAACUUUAUUAAGUGAUGAUAAAAAAUUUUUCGAAAAAUUGUUCGCAAUAAAUAUUAUUAAAGGAGAAAAUGGAUAAAUAAAAGUAUAAAAUAAUGAUUUCAUAAGUGUUUUUUAUAAUUUAAUUAAAUCAAAAGCUGAUAAUUAAAUUAGUUUGAAAGAAGAAUUAGAAAAUUUAGUUCAAUUCUUGGAUUAAAAUAAUUCAGGAUUUAUUGAAAAAUAAGAGUUUUUAUUUUUAUAUGAAAUAAUAAAAUAUCAUGAAAUAAAGAAAGUUGAUAAUUCUUCAAAAGUAAUAAAGCUAGCAGGAAUAUCCGAAGGAGCAUAUAAAUUGUUAAUUUCUCUUUCUAAUUUUCUAGAAAAGCAAAAAAAAGUAUUGAAGAUGCUUUUAAAGCAUUUGGCUCUAUUAAUCAAGGAUAUAUAUCAUUUAAUUGAUUUUAUUGACAAAGAUAAAAACGGUUUGAUUGAUUAUAAGGAAUUUCUUUCUAUUUUUGGAAUUGCAAGUUCAAAUUCUUCGAAUGGAAUUUAAUUUAAUUCUCGAAAAAAUAUUUUUUUAAGUCUUUAAAUGGCAUAUGAGGCUGGAAUCGAUGUUGAAUAAUAAAUUUUAAAGGAAGAUUUAUAUCAUGAAGGUAGUUUAACUUGCGAAUAAUUUCGAAACUUCUUGAAAUGGUUACCUGUAGGACUUUUAUAAGAAGAAAUUGAUUACAUAAUGAAUAAUUCUAUAAGUUUUACAGACAUCGGUACUGUAAAUUAUUUAGAUUUAUUAAACUCAGUGGAAUUUUUAAACAUUAAAAACCACCAUGAAUUUUAAAAGUAAGUAAAAACCAAAGAAAGAGAUUUUUUUGAAAAGAAAGGAGAUUAAAAAGAUGUAAAUGCACUAGAUGCAGCUAUGUAAAAAGUCAUAAUAGAAAGCGUAAUUUAUAUAGAUGAUUUUAAUUUAAUUAUAUACACUACUAUAUGUCCCAGGAGUUCCAUUAUAUGCGUUUCUAGGACAUCUAAAGUGAAAAAAAAUAGUGGGGAUAUAAUAAAUAACACAGAUAUUUUUACUUGUAAAAUUCUUGCAAAACUUAAAGGCCAUUCUUCAUGUAAUCCUCCUUCUAUUUUUUUUGUUCCAAACUCCGGUUGUCUUAUUUCGGGGGAAAAGACUCUAAAUUCUAGUGUUUAGGCAGAUUGUAGUAUACUUAUUUGGAAUUUAUAAAAGGAUUUUUAGGCUUAGUAUGAAACUAACCCUCCUUGGGUUCUGAAGCCUAGUAAAAUUAUAUAAGGAGCACAUUCGGGAGCUAUUUUAUCAUUUGCUUAUUUACCUUUUUGUUAACUUAUUGUUUCUAUGUCGGCUGAUUCCACUAUUAAACUGUGGAAUCCUUUAUAAGAAAAUACUCUUUCGAAUGAAAGCUUUUGCGAAGUAAAGAGAAUUUACACAGGAAAUUAAAUAUGUUAUAAUGCUAGUGUAUUGACAGUUCGAGUUCCUGAUUUCAAUAAUAAAAUAGUUUAGUUCCUAUAUAGGUUCGAUGAUUCCGUUUAGUAUACUAUUUUUGAAGAUGUUGAUGCUCUUUUUGAAGUUUUUUUAAGGUUGCCUUCUAGAUAGUAUUUUAUAACUUUCCUUUCUGAAUAUGAUGUGGAAAAUCUCAAAAACUAUAUAAAAAAAGAAGGUUUUAAUUUUGAAAGAGAAUUCAAAUAAAUUAAUGCUUCGGAAGGAAUUUAAAUUAUGAAUGAAAAGUAAUUAUUUAUAUCUAAAUAAGCUUUCAGUAGUUUUCUAUAGAGAAUCAAAGUUUUUACUAACGAAUAAGAUUUUAUACUUUUCUUAUCAUAAAUUGAUCCUAUGUUUACUGGCAAAAUUAAAUUAAAUGUUUUAUAAGAUAAGUUUUCGAGUGAAAUAAUUGAAUAUAAAUUAAGACAAAUACAAAAACCAAAUGAACUCAUAGAAGAUUUAAUGCAAAAAUUAGAUUAAAAAUAAAAAAAAUUAUUAAUGUUUGAAUUACAUUCUAUUUCUAGUGUUUUACAAGGUUAUUUAACAUUAGAUGAAUUCUUGAAGUCUUUUUUAAAAUUUGAUAAAAUCGAGAUCAAUUAGUUAAAAGAAUUAUUUGAAUUUUAUAGUGAGAAAUUACAUGAAAGCUAGGAGAAAUAUAUCAAUAUUAAAUUUAUUAUAGGCAAAUUUUUCUCAGCAAAUGAAAAUUUUGGUAUGCUCAAAUAUUUGCAUACAAUGGCUAAAAUAAAAAACUCACUUUUAGAUUAAGGAUAUUCAAUAGAAUAUAUAUUUAGACCUUUAACAAAGGAAGAGGCUGAACCAGUUUAGUAAAGUUUUAUGUUUGAAGAUAAUUAUGAUGAAGAUAAUUAAUUUAUAAAUAAAUCUUAAUUAACAUAUAAUAUAAAUAUGGGUUUAUCAUCAAUAUAAGCUGGAUGUAAAAAAAUAAAAAAAAUAAUAUUAAUAUAAAAAAAAAUAGCUUUUAAUCCUUUAAUGUAAAUGGGAACUGGAAUGUUUAUUUAAAGAAUAUAAGAUUUAAAAAUACCAAAUAUAUCUGAAAAAGAGUUAAAAUAAUUUGCCUAGUUUAUAAGUGUUUGUGAUGAAAAUAGUUAAAAGAAAACAAUUUAAUUAACCACAUUUCUACAUUAUAUGAGAAAAAAUAACAUCAAAGAUUAAUAUUUGAUUUCUAAAAAUAUUUAUAAAGAAGUAGAAUAUAUUAUCUAGAAUUAAAAUGUUUUUGAUACUUGGAUUAGUAAAUUUAAUGAUAUGAAUAAUAUAUAAAGUGCUUAAUUGAGAUAUAUUUUUGGAAAAAUGGAUAUAUCAUCAGAUUAUAUAGAUGAAAUAAUAAUUUUAUUUUUAGGUGAUAAAAGUCACAUUUCUCAUGAAGAAUUAAUCACAAAAUUUAAUGAUUAUUUAAAUUAAGGAUUAAUAUAAAUGUAGAAUUUAGAAAAUGAAAAAAUUUAAUAAUAAAAAUAAUAAUAUUAAUAAUAAUAAUAAUAGAAUUAAGAAUAAGAUAAAAAGUUUACAUUUACAGAACUUAUUCUUUCGCCAAAAAGGGAAGUUGUACGUUCAGUAGUUGUCAAAAAAAGAAUAUUUAUUGAAGAAUUAGUUAACUUUUUGAGAACUAAAGUUCCAGAAAAAAUCGAAUUACUCAUUUCAUCUUGCGAAAAUAGAGAUUCUGAUAAAAAAGGAAUAAUUGAAAUAUAAGAUUUUUGUAGAAUUUUGAAAUUAAAUAUUCCUUAAAUUUCAGAAAAUCUUAUAUUGAAUUUCUAAAGAGAAUAUAUAAAUGAAAAUUGCCAAAACCAUUUUGAUUAUUAAGACUUUUUUAACAAAUACGCAUCAAAAUAAGAAAUUGAAUAAAUAAAAAAAGCCGAAGAAUGUAAAGUAAUAGAUCCUUAUGCAGGAAUAGACGUAAAUUUUUUAAUGAAACGCAUAGUUGAAGCCCACAAAUAGAAUCCACACAUUAGGUUGCUUUUCAAAACUAUUGAUGUUGAUGCUUUGGAUAGAUAAUGUACUGCUGAUGAAUUAUUACUUGUUUAUAAGUAUUUUGAUGAGAAAAAUUACGGAGAAAUUAGUAUUGAUACUUUUGUGGAAAGUUUUGAAUAUAUAGCGCUUACUAGUUUGGCUAAAUUAAAAUAAUAGAACGAAUAAGAAAUAGAAAAAGCUUAAGAAAAUAAUACUUAGUAAUCUUAAUAAUAACUAUAAAAAACUAAAAUGUCAAAUAAGUAAUUAGUAUAAGGCGUUAUGUAAAAAAUAUUCUUUUUUAUGCAAGAUAAAAGGUAUAAUAAAAAAUAACUUAAAGCAGUUUUUGAUAAAAAUGGGAACGGAUUCUUAUCAAGAGAGGAAUUUUAAGAUACUCUUAAAUUACUUUAACUUUAAAUUCCUAAUGAUAAAGUAAAUAUACUCCUAGAUUAUAUUGAUAAAGAUGAGAGUGGAUAAGUUUCCAUUGAUGAAUUUAUUUUUUAUGUUUUUGAUAGUAUUCCUAUUUAAUACAAAAAAAUGUAUAUACAUGGAAAUGUUAUUAAAAUUUUUAAUGAUAUUAUCUUAAAAUUGUAAAAUUAAACCUCUAAAUUACUCUAUGAUCUUGUUGAAUAAGAAAGAAUUGUAAAAUAAAGUUCAAAUGAUGUAACUUCUGCUUUAAAAAAGACUAAAUCAGGAAUCGCUUCUUUCGAUUUCCAUAAAGUUCUUAAAAAUCAUGGAAUAAAAUUAAAAGAAUAGAAAAAUGAGGAAAUAAAAAACAUGUUUACGCUAAGAAGUAACCCUGAUUAUUAUGAUUUAGAAUAAAUAUAUGAUAUGUUAGAUAAUUUAAUUUACUAACAUAAAUAAUCAAAUAAAAACUAACGUAUUUUAAUUCACGAUAGUAUAUCUAAUUUAUGGGAAUAAGAUAUAUACAGAAAAAUAGCUGAAUAUUUAAGAAAGCAUAAUCUAAAUGUGGAAUAAGCUUUUAGAAAAAUUGAUUAAGAUUAAAGUUAAUUAAUAUCUUCUUCUGAAUUUAGAAGAUUUAUAGAAUCUUUAAAUUUAGAUUUAAGUGAAAAGAAAGUAAUUAUAUUAAAUAUAUUUUUUUUUUUUUUGAAAUUAAUAAUAAUAAAAAAAAACAAGAUUGAAUAAUUAAUAAAAGGAUUUUUCAAUGGUUAAGAUUAAGGAAUGAUAAGUUUAAGUGCUUUCAAAAACAAAUUCUGGGAAUGUUAUAUAAGAUAUGGAAGAUAGGAAAACUAAAAUGAAAUAGAAGACUUAAAAGCAAAUAGAAAAAAACUUCUUUUAUACAUUUAUUUAACUUUAAAGGAAUUUACUAAUAACAAUAUGGAAAAAGCAUGGGCUACUAUUGAUUAAAGGAAAAUAGGAUAUUGUGAAAUAGAAGAUUUUAGAAAAUCUUUAGUUAUAAUGGGUGUUUAUUUAACAAAAGAAGAAUUGAAAUUCGCUUUUUCUUUUAUUGAUAAGAAUUAAGAUAGUUGUAUAAAAUAUUUAGAAUUUGUAUAAUUUUGGAUAGCCGCUGAAGGUAAAUUGGAAGGAAACUAAAAUGAAAUAAAUGAUAUUUUGUAAUAAAAAAAUCUAGUUUAUGAACUUGAGGAAAGCAUUAUGGAACAUAUUUGCAAAGUAAUGAAUUAAAGAGAAAUUUCUCUUUGGAAUUGUUUUAAAUAUUUCGAUAAAGAAUAAUUAGGUUUCCUCAAUUAAAAAUAAUUUAAAGAUUUCUUAUGUAAAAUUGGAUGUCCUAUUGAAAAAGAAAACCUUUUGUUAGCAUUAAUGAAAUUAAUUGAUCCUAAAUCUUAAGAAGAAAUAAUACAUCUAUCAUCUUUAGAAUCUAGAUUAUAUAAAUAUGGAUUAAAAAUUUAUGAAUAAAAUGAAGUUGAGUAAAUUAAAUGGAUUGAUAAACCUUUAUUAUCUUUUACUUCUAUAUUAAAUAAAUUAUCUAAAAUGGAUAAUUUUUCUAUUGAAGAUUUUUUCAAAAAAUAUGAUAGUGAUUAUGAUGGUUAUUUAACUACUCAGGAGUUCUUUUAAUCUUUUAAAUUCUUGGGAUUUGAUAUUGGAAUUACGGAUAGUUAAAUCUAAAGGAUAUAAGUUUUAAACACGAAAUGUGCAGACGGACAUGAUUUAUAAGACGUUGAAUAUAUAGUAUUAAAUGAAAAACUAGACUGUGAAAAUGAAUAUAUUUGCCUUCAAGAAUUAAUUUCUUAAAAUGGAGGAAUUCUAAGAAUGCCAGUUUUAUUAGAACUUUAAUAAGCUUAGUAUGUAAUUAAGUAUAUUGCUAUUGAAAUUUUAAAAAUUAUGCAAGUUAUUAAUAGUUAUACCUGUGUAUUGAAUAUUCUUAGACCUGAAAAUCUAUAUAUAAGUAAAAAGACUUAUAAAAUUAAACUCGCUAAUAUUCGUGGAAUAUCUAAAUAUGAUGUUUAUUCAAAAAUAGAUAUUGUUCCUGAUAUUUUUAUUAAUUUAGUUUAAUAAGCUGGGGCUUUAGAAGCUAAAGAAAAAUUGGAUUAUAGUGAAUUUUUUACAGAAAAUACGAGUUCCUAAUAAGAACAUCCCUUUAAAGAUAUAUAUGUUGAAAAUUUAUACAAAUAAAGUUAUUUGGCUCCUGAAUAAAUUCAUAAAAAAACAAAUGAAUCUUCUAGUUAUAUUGAUGUUUGGACUUUUGGAUGCCUUCUUUUCCAUUUAAUUUUUGGUAAACCUCCUGCACACUUUGGAUUUUUGAAUAAAGAAACCCCAAGUAAAUACUAUCAUUAUGAUGUUUUUUCGGACGAAUUUGUUUAGGAUGUUUUAAAUUUUGAUUUCGGGAAAAAAUAAAAGGAUUAGCUUCUAUAAAAUAAUUAUAGUACAAUGAUUAAGGCUAUUGAUAAAUAAAGUUUCGGAAAUGUUUUUGAAGAAAUUUUCGGAAAAUAAAAUAUGUAGGAAUUGUCUGCUUUUAUGGAUAUUAUUUCCGCUUGUUUGCAAUAUUAAGAAUUGAAAAGACCGACUAUAGAGGCUAUUUUAAAUUCAAAAAUAUUUCAAAUGGAUGAAUUUUAAAAAAUGAGAAGUUUUUAAUUACUUGAAAGUAAAGACCCUUAUGUUUUCUCCAGCAAACACUGGUCACCAGUCGUUUUUGAUUCUUUAAAAAAUCUUUUCUCAGCUACAAUUGGAGAAGCAGGAGUAGGGCAAGGAAACUAUAUUGUAUUAUAAGACUACAUUAGAUUUUCUAGUGAAAAAUAUGGUUAAGAUAACGGAGUUCCUUGUGGUAAAAAUGCAGACUAUUUUAACGAUCUUGUAAGAAUUGCAGAAAAUCUUUAGUUUAUUUUUGUAAAAAACACUCUUUUUAUGAGUUCAGCAAAUACAGAAGGCUCUUAGAAAUUAAUUAAUGCUUUAAAUUAUUUCAAAGACUUACUCCUUACCAAUAACAUUAGCAAGAUUAAACUUUUUUUGGACUUUAGAAUAGCUUUUUUUAUUAUUCCUUAUUUAAAUGUUGAUAAUCCUCAUGUUCGUGCUGUUGUUUUGUUAAUAAAAUUUUUCUGA